CGGCCCCGCGCCCAGCAUGAGCCCCGGCCCGAGCCCCCGUGCGGCGGGCGGAGCGUAGGGCGGCGCUCGAGGGCCCCGAGCCCGGCACGAGGGACCAUGAAAGUGAGGUCGGCUGGCGGCGACGGAGAUGCAUUGUGUGUUACAGAAGAGGAACUGGCUGGUGACGACGAGGACAUGCCAUCCUUCCCAUGCACUCAGCAGGGCCGGCCGGGGCCCCGCUGCAGCCGCUGCCAGAAGAACCUGUCUUUGCACACAUCGGUGCGGAUUCUUUACCUCUUCCUGGCCCUGCUCUUGGUGGCCGUGGCUGUGCUGGCCUCUCUGGUUUUCAGGAAGGUGGACUCUCUCUCAGAAGACAUCUCCUUGGCCCAGUCCAUUUAUGAUAAGAAGCUUAUGUCAAUGCAGGAAAAUCUCCAAGGACUGGAUCCCAAAGCCCUGAACAACUGCUCUUUCUGCCAUGAGGCUGGGCAGCUGGGACAAGAGAUCCGAAAACUGCAGGAGGAGCUGGAGGGAAUUCAGAAGAUGCUUCUGGCCCAGGAGGUCCAGCUGGACCAGACCUCUCGGGCCCAGGAUCUGCUGUCUACCACCAGCAGUCAGCUCUCUCAGGAGAUGGGAAGCUGCUCCUUCUCCAUCCACCGGGUCAACCAGUCUCUGGGGCUCUUCCUGGCCCAGUUGAGAGGCUGGCAGGCCACCACAGCCAGCCUGGAUCUCUCUCUGAAAGACCUCACCCAGGACUGCUACAAUGUCAAGGCUGCGGUGCACCAGAUCAACUUCACUGUGGGGCAGACUUUCGAGUGGAUCCACGGGAUCCAGCGGAAGACGGACGAGGAGACCCUGACCCUCCAGAAGAUUGUCACCGACUGGCAAAACUACACCCGGCUGUUCAGCAGCCUGCGCAUUACCUCGGCCAAGACCGGAGAAGCAGUCAAAAACAUGCAGGCUGCCCUGGGGGCCUCAUCUCAGCGCAUCAGCCAGAAUUCCGAGAGCAUGCACGACCUGGUGCUGCAGGUCAUGGGCUUGCAGCUGCAGCUGGAUAAUAUCUCCUCCUUCCUGGACGACCACGAGGAGAACAUGCAUGACCUCCAGUACCAUACCCGCUAUGCACAGAACCGCACCGUGGAGAGGUUCCAGUCACUGGAAGGACGCAUGGCUUCCCACGAAAUCGAGAUCAGCACCAUCUUCACCAACAUCAAUGCCACUGACAACCAUGUGCACAGCAUGCUCAAGUACCUGGACGAUGUGCGGCUCUCCUGCACUCUAGGCUUCCACACCCAUGCUGAGGAGCUGUACUACCUGAACAAGUCCGUCUCCCUCAUGCUGGGCACCACAGACCUGCUCCGGGAGCGCUUCAGCCUGCUCAGCACCCGGCUGGACUUCAACAUCCGCAACCUGUCCAUGAUCGUGGAGGAGAUGAAGGCCGUGGACACACAGCAUGGAGACAUCCUUCGCAAUGUCACCAUCCUCCGAGGUGCCCCUGGCCCUCCAGGACCAAGAGGACUCAAAGGAGAUGUGGGUGUGAAAGGGCCUGUUGGCAGUAGAGGACUGAAAGGAGACCCCGGUGGCUUGGGCCCCCCGGGACCCCAGGGUCCUCAGGGGCAGCCUGGGGAGGUGGGACCUGUGGGAGAAAAGGGACCAGUUGGCCCUCGAGGUUUCCCAGGCCUCAAAGGCUCAAAGGGAAGCAUUGGAACUGGAGGGUCGAGGGGAGAUCUAGGCCCCAAAGGUGAUGUGGGGCCUCCAGGGCCACAGGGACCUCCAGGAUCUCCAGGGCCCACAGGGCCUCAGGGAAAACCAGGAAUUGCAGGGAAGACAGGGUCGCCAGGCCAGCGGGGGCCCGUGGGGCCUAAGGGUGAACCAGGGAUCCAGGGUCCCCCUGGCCUGCCCGGGUCCCCAGGCCCACCAGGAAGCCAGAGCCCCUUCUGAGGAGGGUCCUCUGUCUGGACACUGCCACACUGAAUGCCAGAAGGGGGCUCAGAGCAGCUGGAACCCCUCUAGAAAGUCUCACCUACAGACAAUUUUGGUUCUUUGAUUCCAAUAGGGGAUGUCCAGGCCUGACCCUACAGCUGUGGGCUCCCCAAAAGUGACUUCUAGGAAAGCAGCCCCCACACACGCACACGCACAUUUCCCUGCUGGCCAGAGGGGCCAACUGGGUUUCCCUGGCUGGGCAGGAGAGUACAGAAGACCCCUCUCCUGUACUGAGCCCUCCAGGGAAGUGGCUACCUCGGGAAGAAGGUCUGUGAGUGGCGACCCACACCAGCCUUUUUAGCACCUUCACGCCCAUCCUGGCCAGCAGUUUCCUGGGACUCCCCAUGGGUGAGGACCAUGGGAAACCUUUGCCGGGCAUUAGAGCCAAAACUCCAGAGACAAGGUGGGUUUGGCAACUGCAAGACCCUCCCCGUAAUCACGGGAAUGGAGUCCUCGGGGGCUGCCCUGCCUCACACAGGACGGUGAGACUCCACCAGGGCCGGCAUCCUUGAACCCCACGCACGCUGCCCUGGACGAGUUCAACAUUUUUUUUUCACAUGUCCAGAAAAUCCUCACUUCGUACUUGCCUCUGCCUGUCAGGAGUGUCCCGGGAGGAAUGUGAGCAGGAGUUUCGUCUGCAUGGGAGACUCUCCAGGCCUUGGAACAUUCUGCCUAAGCGCACCCAGGAAAGCCAAAGAAGCUGGAGGUGGCAGGCAGAGGUGGCGUGAAAGGUCUCCCUGCAAAGCUGCCUCCCUUGCCACACCCGAGCCUGACCCACCCAUUCCAGGAGGUCUUCCCUGCAGUGGCCAGGGAGGACCUAGGAACAGGGUGGCUCUCCCCCUGCCCACAGCCGCACACUGAUCUCAUCCUACCACGACCCAGGAUGGCCCCAGCCCUCUCUGCACAAGUGGCAAGCUGGACCAGGAGUGGAAGGGGCUCACUUUGAUGUCUCCCCUCACCCCCUGCCAACUUCCCACACACCCUGGCAGAAAGAGGCACUGGGAAGUGUCUCCGGCAGAGUGAUGGUUUCCCACUGGCUAACCUCGCUGUAAAGCUGCCCUGCCUGUUCAAACCGAGUCACAGCACCCCUGGGUGGGGACACGGAGCUGUCUCCUCCCAACACGGACUCAGAGACCAGCCCGUCCCCCAUUCAAAGCCUUCCUGCCACCUUCCUUACGUCAUAGACGUGCAACUGGUUUGCACCACCCACCUGCCCUGCUGCCAUGUAAUUCCCCUCUCCACAUGUAACACCAUGCGACAUAGUAUCACUGACGCAGUA